UAAUGACACCAUUUCUCUCUUCUAUCUAUAAACUUCAUAGCUGACAUUUGCCGGACGUGCUGGUUCUUGGGCCAAUUUUCCUUCGAUUUUCCCUUCCGCAAAACCCUAGGGCACACCAAGCUGAGGGAACCAACUCUCACAAUUACCCACCUGCCUUCCAAUUUCUCCACUCCCUUCCAAAUUCAGGAGCUUCGUUUCUUCUGUCCUCAAGUAUUCCAUACAUGGAUGUACACUCCACCCCCACCAACCCUCUCCCACUGGCAAUUAACCAUCGAAACCCUAGGAAACCCGUACUCCUUCAGGAACAACAACCAAGCCCUUCCAAAGCCGACUCUCCCGCUUCUUCAAAUGGUAAGCUCAUGGAGAGAAGGCCCCAUGGAGGACGCAUGGAUGUGGCAAAGCUGAAGGCAAGUGAAGCAAGUGAGCGGAAGGAGGAGGUGAACAGGAAGAUAGCUUCUCAAAAAGCCAUUUCGGUGAUUUUGCGCAGAGAAGCCACCAAGGCUGUCAUUGAGAAGAAGAGAGGUCCCACUAAUUCUAAGAAACUGCUUCCGCAGACUGUGCUUGAGGCUCUCCAUGAACGAGUCUCAGCCUUGCGAUGGGAGUCUGCGCUCAAGGUUUUUGAACUACUUCGUGAACAAUUAUGGUACAGACCCUAUGCCGGCAUGUAUAUUAAGCUAAUUGUUAUGCUUGGAAAAUGCAAGCAACCCGAAAAGGCCACCGAGUUGUUCCAUGAAAUGAUUGAUGAAGGCUGUGAAGUGAGCCAGGAAUCAUACACUGCUCUCUUGUCUGCCUACAGCAGGAGUGGUCUUCUUGACAAAGCAUUUUCGCUUCUUGACGAGAUGAGAAACAGUCCCGAUUGCCAGCCUGAUGUUCACACUUACUCUAUCCUCAUAAAAUCAUGUUUGCAGGUGUUUGCAUUCAAAAAAGCACAAGCUCUACUCUCUGACAUGGUGAUUCGAGGAAUAAAACCCAACACUAUCACAUAUAAUACCUUCAUUGAUGCUUAUGGCAAAGCAAAAAUGUUUGCUGAAAUGGAGUCUAUAUUGAUGGAAAUGCUGAGUGAUGAUGGCUGUAAGCCUGACGUUUGGACCAUGAACUCGACGCUUCGAGCCUUCGGCAGUAGCGGACAAUUGGAAACCAUGGAGAAGUGCUAUGAAAAGUUUCAGGGUGCUGGAAUCCAACCAAACAUUCAGACCUUCAACAUCCUUCUGGAUUCAUAUGGCAAGGCUGGAAGUUAUGAGAAAAUGAGUGCUGUGAUGGAGUAUAUGCAGAAGUACCAUUAUUCAUGGACAAUUGUAACGUACAAUGUCGUAAUCGACGCCUUCGGGAGGGCUGGGAAUUUGAAACAGAUGGAGUAUCUGUUUAGGCUCAUGAGAUCAGAGAGGAUCAAACCGAGUUGUGUAACACUCUGCUCACUCGUGAGGGCAUACGGCCAAGCGGGAAAACGUGAAAAAAUUGAUGGUGUACUGCGUAUUGUAGAGAAUUCCGAUAUAACGUUGGAUACCGUUUUUUUCAACUGUCUUGUGGAUGCUUACGGGCAGAUGGGAUGUUUUGCGGAGAUGAAGAACGUGGUCGGGAUGAUGGAGCAGAGAGGAUGCAAGCCUGAUAAGACUACAUACAGGACCUUGGCUAGAGCUUAUUCAGAUGGUGGAAUGGGAAACCAUGCCAGGGAAAUCCAACAUCUUAUAAGCUCAGCAGAAGCAAGUAAGAAAACCCGACCAGACUUGUGAUGUUGAUUAAAUUUUAGAGAAAUUAUAUUAAUAUAUAUUUAUAAAAACACCAUCAUCAUUAUUAUUAUUAUUUUGAAAAAAUGUCACAAAAGUAAUUAAGUUAUAUCAUCAA